AUGCCUUUGAUGAAUAAAGAGUAUCUGGAGUCCUUAGGACUUCGUUGGGGAAAUGAAGCAGCAGAUCUCAUCAUGAAUCCUGCUUUAGAUGCCAACAUAGCCAGAUUCCAAGAAAGAAAGGAGCAUGUACCAGGGCCGUCGGGGGAGCCUGAAACACAUGCUUCUGAUUGUGAUCCGGUCUUGGCUGGGGAAGUUUUGGCGGGCCUCCAACCACAUAAAAAUUUGAAGAAAAUGUUCAUAGUUGGUUAUCCUGGAAUCAAGUUUCCACACUGGGUUCUUCCAAACCUAACUGAGAUGGUGUUGAUCAAUUGCCGAGGAUGCGUGCGGCUACCAAUUCUUGGUCAUCUUCCAUUUCUUAGAACACUGCGCAUGGAAGGAACGGACAACAUUGUGCAUAUUGGCCGUGAGUUCUACAGUGAGGAUGUUGUAUCAUUUCCAUCACUGCAAGAACUAUUUAUGAGAGACUUUCCAAGUUUGCAAAAGUGGGAUUGCCUGAAUGACAGAGAAAUAUUUCCACUACUGAGCAAAUUAGUCAUCAGAAAGUGUCCAAACCUUGAUUCACUCCCAUUGUUUCUCUCUCCAAAGCAUUUGGAGAUGCAGAAAGGAUUUGAAAACCUCAAUGCUUUGGAGUGUUUCGAAAUCUGUGACUGCCACACUAUUGAAACUCUUCCAGAGAAUCCAAUUGGAGGUUUGAUAUCUCUUCAGGUCUACAGUAGCCUGAGUUCCAUAACAGUUGGACUUCAAUAUCUUACAGCUAUCAAACACCUGACCAUUAUGUACUGCCCAAAUCUAGCGGGUUUGCCAGAUAGUUUAGAGCACCUUUCUUCCCUUUUAAGUUUGGCCAUUAUAAACUGCCCUCUGAUAGAAUGUUUGCCCAAUGGUCUCCAGCACGUCAAAACACUCGUGCGUCUGGAAAUACGGAACUGCCAAAGAAUUGCAGAUUUGCCAGAGUGGUUGGACAGUUUGGCCUCACUAAGAACACAAGCAAUAUCAGAAUGCCCUAAUAUAAAGUCUUUGCCUGUUGCUUUUCAACGCCUGAUAAAACUCCAGCACCUCUCUAUUCAAGAUUGCCCUGAUCCCAAAGGUGUUGUCAGAGAGAUGCAGGUGAAGAUUGGUGGAAAGUUUCUCAUGUACCUCAUAAAUAUAUCUUCUCGUCUCAGCAGCAGUAAUUUAGGUUACCAGCCCCUUGGCUUGAAAAGUAAAUUUUCUUGCUUCACCACUCUGUAUGUUUCUUAUGUUCCUAUAGUACUCGAGUGUGUUUCUUUCAUCAAAUAUCUGAAAUCCUUUUCUGUUUUCACCAGGGGUCUCUUUUGCAAAUUAAGGUCAGUUGGCUUUGAUGUCUUUCUUGAAAUGCCUGGACUGUUGAAAUAA